AUGGGCGACUACCACCGUCCCUACCGGGGCGACCUCCGCUCACCGCCGUCCUCCGUGCCGGACCCGGCCUUCACGCACGCCAACGGUUACUUCUCCUCUUCCGCCUCCCCGCACUCCCACAACGGCUACUUCUCUCCCGUCUUCGCCAAGAAUGACGCUUUCCCUGGGACCGGCGCUGGCGCAGGCGGCGACCGGCGGAUCGAGAUCUACACCACGGCGCCUCCUCCGCACCUUCCCCCGCCACCCGGUCACACGCUGGCGCUGCCCCCGCCACCGGGGUGGAAGGAGGGGCGACUGGGUGGAGGAGGAGGCGGCAGUGGCGCCGGCGCCGGCAGGAAAGGUGGAGGUGGAGGCGGCGGGUCCAGCAUGUGGUGCCUCAGCGACCCGGAGAUGAAGCGGCGGCGAAGGGUGGCGAGCUACAAGGCCUACUCGGUGGAGGGCAAGGUGAAGGCGUCGCUGCGCCGCGGCCUCCGGUGGUUCAAGGGCAAGUGCUCUGAGAUCUUCCACCAUGGAUGGUAA